GCCAAAGCGGAAGUAGCCCCGGAAGUAGGACUGUGAAUGUCACACGCUAGCAUGGUUAGCAUCAUGCUAGUGUUUGCAGUCAACAUGUCUAGUCGCUCUUUGUUCGGCUUUGCUUCAUUAACCACACACAAUGUCCUACUAACGCUGCGCAGGAGUAACCCUCUAAACAAACUACAAGCCUGCGGAUAUGCGAAGAAAGUUGCGGCCAAAGGCAAAGGAAAAGGUUCGGUGAAGGAAGAGCUGAAGGGACCCGAAGUCUGCAAGGACCCAGUGCGACUGACCACUUACGCAGUGGGGGCCAACAUCUACAAGCAAGGAGAAGACCCCAAACUGAAGCCUCCUGAAGAGUACCCAGAGUGGCUCUUCCACAUCAACCUGGGACCUGCAUGCCAGCUUAACCAGCUGCAGGAAGACACCUGGGAGUACUGGAAGCGCCUCCGCAAGGAAACCAUUUGACCCAAAGCUC